GUCCAGUGCAAAUUGCAAGUAUAUUUAUUAUCAAAAUAAGCAAAAGUUGUUAAUAUAACGUAUACGAAUAAAACGUAGAACAAAAUAAAUGAUCAAGUUAAUGUCCGAAUGCAAAUAACAGGGCGCAAUUAGCAAAUAGAACAUUAAUUCGAGACCUCGCAUUGUCUGCUUCGAACAUUAUUUGAAACUUUUAUCGCUUACGGAAUCAAUUAAGACGACUAGAACGUCAGGUUGUCAAAAGAUUGUAUUAAACUAAUUAAUUCUGUCAAAGACUUCUACCAAAAGGUAACAAUAAAAAGGAGAGACAUACGUUAGAAAAGUGGCUAAUCGCAAAAAAUUCCGACGAGGCAAGAAAGGAAAUAAAAAUCGCCAGUCGAAAUUAACGACAGAUUUCAAUACUUCUAAUAAAGUAAAGUUAAUGGUUUACAAAAUGAAGAUACCACUUCUGAUUCUUUGUCUGGCUGUAGUAUAUGGCACCUGUCAGACAUAUGAUGAAAAAGAUCACACUAAAGCAAUAGAAAAUAAUGGAGAUUACAAAAACUAUGCAAAUAUGCCUUUCGAAAGAUCUCUCGUGAGAUACAAGAGAACCAUUUCAUCAGUUAUGCCAACUCCGAUAAACGCACUCUUAAGCUUAUUGGAAUUUAACGAUGUUAGAUCUAUAGAUAAAAAUUUCAUGACUUUUAUAAGUGAUUUAUUGACUGGAAAAGAUGUAUGGUCUGAAAUAGCUUCAGCUAACAUCUCGACAUUGCUAAAUCAGUUUAAGAAAAUUAACAUAGUCGAUUUCGUGCGCGAAAAAAUCAUGACAUUAAUCAAUGCAUCAUUUGACAAAAUAUUUGAAGUGGCGAAGGUCUGUUUUCUAAAUUUAUUUCUACCCAUUUUGUACAUGGUGCUGAAUAAAGCAAAAGACACUGGAUUGUUACCCUCACAAAUAAGUGCUAUGAUCGAAAUGUUCAAUUUAUGUUAUAAAUUUUUACAAUUUGCUGGAUAUGUCCCAAAGUAAACAAAAUUCAAUAAUAAACGAUUUAUUAAGAUCG